GGUGCGAGUGUAAACAAGAUGGCGGCGAGGAGGUGGCGGGGGUGGAGCUGGGCCUGUCUCUGCUCGUUCGCGGCGUUGUCAUUGUUCGGGUUAGAGGCCGCUGGGGCUCUGUCGGAGCCGGGCAAAUGGACCCUCAACAUAGCCGGGAAUCAAUCUCAGACAAGAUUUCCAUUUCGAAAGACGUUGUUCAAUCAUUCUUACAUUAAGCUGAAAUGGACGAAAGUGAGCUGCGACACUCCAGUCAACCUGAGCAUCGCAUGGUAUUUGAGGAGUUCCCGCUGUUAUGACGAAUUCAUGUCAGUGAACGAUGACAUGGCAGCAAAAUAUUUUGGCUCUUUAAAUGAGCAGGAGAAAGGUGGAAGUGGUAAUUACAUACUGUACCAGUACAACUCCAUUGAGUGUCAAAAGAACAAAACUUUUAGACAGCUGCAAGUAAAUCACUAUGACCAACCAGAACCAUUGAAAAAAGCGACACCAGACAUUGAAGCCCAACCUGAGCCUAAUCCUAAGCCAGUUUCUAAAAGAAAUACAGGCAAUGAGAAGAAAGAAAACAGGAAGCCUGUGAAUGAAAAUGGAAAAAUAAAUAAGACCACCAGAGUAAAUAAAGAUCCGGUUUUAAAGGAUUCGGUAGCAAAGACCUGGGAAGAUGCACCAUACCUUUUCAUCGUUGAGGUCAAAAAACCAGUGGUUAACUCUCCUGAAAACAGAAAUUGGAAUCUAAUUUUAGAAGUGGAAAUGGUAGGACCCUAUGGAUACAUUUCUGCCACACAAUGGCCCCUAAUGAUUUUUUACAUGGUGAUGUGUAUCAUCUACGUGCUCUACAGUCUGGUUUGGCUGCUCCUUUUAGCCUGCUACUGGAAGGAUUUGCUCCGGAUUCAGUUCUGGAUUGGAGGGGUCAUCCUGCUCGGAAUGUUGGAAAAAGCAGUCUUCUAUGCAGAAUACCAAAGCAUCUCACGUCAGGGUGUAUCAGUUCACGGGGCAGUGGUCUUUGCAGAGUUGCUGUCAGCUGUGAAGCGUACUCUUGCUCGGAUCCUGGUCAUUAUCGCUGCACUUGGUUAUGGAAUUGUCAAGCCUCGGUUAGGAGCCACUUCAAAUCAAGUCGUUGGCAUCGGCCUGCUCUACUUGCUGUUUUCAUCAGUAGAGGGCGUCCUGAGAGUAACUGUGGAGCAAUCUUCGGCAGCCAUGACCAUCUGUGAGAUUUCUCUUGCAUUAAUAGACUCCUGUAUUGUUUGGUGGAUCUUCGUCAGUCUGUCUCAGACAAUGAAGCAGCUGAAACUCCGAAGAACUCUGGUGAAAGUCUCGCUGUACCGGCACUUCACAAAUACGUUAAUAUUUGCUGUUUUUGCUUCAGUGAUUUUUGUCAUCUGGGUGACGAUGACAUUCAGACUUGCAGCCUGUCAGUCGGAUUGGCGGGAACGGUGGAUAGAGGAUGCAUUUUGGCAUUUUCUUUUCUCGGUUUUGCUGCUUGUAAUAAUGUUCUUGUGGAGACCAUCUGCAAAUAACCAGAGAUACGCUUACUCUCCCUUGGUAGACGAUGUUGAUGAGGAGGAGGAAGAAGAACAAUUGAUCAGUGAGGCUUUUGAGGGAAUAAAGAUAAGAACAGUGAAAUCAGAGUCUAAUGGUACAGUCAAAUCCAACAGAAUGGAUGAAGACCUCAAAUGGGUUGAAGAAAAUAUCCCAUCCUCACUAACUGAUGUUACACUACCAACCCUAUUGGAUUCAGAUGAGGAAAUAAUGACGACCAAGUUUGAAAUCUCCAAAAUGGAAUAACUGCAUGAAGCACACUUACAGGCAAACUGUUACUUAGCAAUACGAAAACACUGAUGGAGUGGAUAAACAAUUCGGACAUUUUUUUCAUAAAAUGCAGAUAAAAAGGAAAGAAUGUGCAAAACAUUCUCUGUGAGGUGACCUUUUGCAACUUUUUUUAAAAUUUCAAAUGCUUCACCCAGUCGCACUAUUGAAUGAUUUUUUUUUUAACCUACCUUUUCCCCCUCCAGUUGUAAGGUGGUCUGAAUUCUAUGAGGUGCCACAAGCAGAGUGGAAAGGAGGAGGGGUUUAUUUUUGUUGGGAAUGGACAAAAUUCAAAAUCAAACCAAGCAAAUCAGUCAUGUUGACAUUUCAGCACCAUUUUGGUGAUACAAAAUCAACCGCACUUACAAAGAAGGGUUGUUAGGCUGAAUAUUUGUAACAUGAUACUCACAUGUCUGCCUAUAUGAAAAUAACUUAAACAAUUUAAAGUAUAUAUUAAUAAGAAGAAAGGCAGCCAUUUUCAUCUGCAAGCUUCCAAGAGGUAUCUUUCUUCUGAUUUAACCCCACAUAAAAAAGCAGACUCAAUUAGGAAUUGUUGCGUAUUCCUAAUGUAAUUUUAAAUAUGUGCACUUUCAGUUAAUAUCUUGUCCAAACCAAAAGCUGAGAUUAAUUGACAAGUUUUUUCCUCAAUUUAGGUUAUACUUUGUGACUUUAAUACAGCCCUGCUGCACCUUUGGCUUCAAGGUUUAUGCCAUCCUUGUAAAAUAGCCCGUCAUCAGGUUUACUGUGAACAAGGGUGGAGCAGAUGAUGACAUGUACAAUAGAUUGCAAGGUAGUUAUUGCUCAUCCUCAGACCACAUUGAAGGUCUGUAGUGCCUCAAACUACCCGUAAUUCAAUCCUUCACAUGUUGAAGUUUUCCCCAAGCGGGUUUGCGGUGGACAGCCAAUACAUAUGCAGCAGGCACCACAUGUAAUAUUUAAGAUCGUGCUGUUGGUUUUAACAGCACAGUGCAGCUUGUAUUUUAUUUGCUCGCCUUACUACAAGCACUCCUGGACAUUUAAGGGAAACCAUUAUAGAUGUGAAGUUUUUUCCUAGCCUGCUCUAGAAAUCUGAGUGUGGGUUGCUGUGGUGCUUUGAUUUUCCAACCCAGCUCUGAGUGAGAAGGGUGACAACUCACAGGGAUUCUGACCACAGAUUUCUGUUGUCAAAUCCAGGAACAUGCUUGCUGCAUUGACCAUGGAUUUCUGGUUGAAUAGCUGGCCACACACUCUUAAGUUUAGGACGUUAAGAUAAGCCUCAAAUAUUCCAUUUGAAUCAUUCUAUUUCUCUUUUAGUUUUUAAAUUGAGGUUCCCUACAACAAAGGUCAUGAUAACCUUGCCAAAGUUAUUCACUGCUUUGUUUAAAACAGACUUUAAAUUAUCUUAGAAGGCUUUUUAUAUUACUCAAGAGUUUGAGGAACUGUAUAGUUGUCAAUAAGCAGUUCUGAUUGGGAUUGGUUCAAAUUCUGAUGCUUUGAACUUUGACUUGUAAACGUGUCCCUUAUAGGGAUCUGUAGUUUAGCUUGGUUAAUUGAUGUAGUUUAAUCUGGUUCCUUCCAAACAGCCUGUGUAGUUUGUCCCUAAUAAGAUUUGUCAAGAUGCUUGUUGUUUAGCUAGAUGCUGUGGGCACUUGUCAAUAGAGUGAUGGUACAACUCUCACAUAUCUAUUUGUACCAACCUGAAGGUUUAUUCUGCUUGAAUUUUUGAGUUCUAAAGCCUGAUCUUUGUCAAGAUUGGACUGAGAUUGGUGCAACCAUUAUGAAAGUUGACGUGGUUCUCCAGUUAUUACCAUGAUCCUAACUUUAUAACUCUUUGUAUAUACAGAUUCCCAAAUGUUUACAUUAAGAUUUGUGGUACAUUCUUAAAUAGCUUUGAUUCUUCUUUGUUACGGUAUUAUAAGCAUAUAUGAACUGCAUCUGUGAAUAUCAAUAAAUCAUAUUUGUUAAAAAAAAAAUUAAAGAAUCUGCAAAUA